AUGUACUCCAAAAGCUCAUCUUCUUCGUCUGUCACCAUCAUCCACAAAGCGUCCGACACCACCUGCCAUGGAUUCCCGAGUGCUCCAUGGGACCACGCCCCAUCCGUGACGCUCUUAAGCCUCGGUGCCAUCGCAUGCAAGAACCGUGGGAUCGACUCCAUCAGCUCUGGCGAUGAGCGCAGAGGGCCCACGUACGCGAUAGGAGAGUUCCCGACUUCCAGUGUUAUCAAGCGCGCAUUAGGCUGGAGACCUACUUCGUCUUCGUUUUCACUAUCUCCGAGUACAUCGACCCGCGCGUCCACGCAGAGCGAGACUUGGCGUAACUCACGACAGCGCCUGAUAAGGAUAUUCAAAGCAUGCAAUGAUACGGGGGUAUUCCGCAACCCCAAGUCAAGAAUGUGGAGACGGGGGCAUGUACGAGCGAGGGUGAGAAUGUCCGCGUCGUUUUGCGUUUGUGUGAGUGAGAGAGGUGAGGAAUUGGGACCAGGUGUUGGCUGGGCUGCAACCUUCUGCGAUGAAGUGGAUUGUUUGAGGUUGAGGGAUGUGGUGUUGGAAGAAUCAAAAUUGAGGAUCUGGAAGCUGAUGAGGAGGGACUCAAUUUCUGAGGGAUUUUUGUCGGUCAUGAAGAGGCUGCCCUUAAUCUCAAGAGCUUUGAGACGGGGAGCGGAGGUAGGGAGUGCAGGGAUGAUGGCUUUGCGAAAUGGAGAUGAGAGGUCUAGGGAGAGUGUCUCAACUGUGGGUAGGAGUUUGAGAACUGGGAUACAGUGUUAUCUUGACAUAGUUGUGAGAGAAUCUGUAUACGGGAAGCGAGAACCAAUGGACGGUAUAGUUCAGGUGUAUGAUGGAACUGGGAAGGUCUGA